AAAGCCGGACACUAUAAAGCAAACGUCUUUGACAAAAGCCUAAAAAGGAAAAAGGCCGCGCCUCCGCCUCCUCCCACCCCACAACUCCACCAUUCCGAUUCUGCUGCUUCCAAUCUAUCUCCAUGACAAGAUUCUUCUUCUCUCCAAAUACAUAAAAUCCCCCUCAAAAAUAAAAAAAAAAAAAAAUGGUGGUUUCUCCCCAAAAUCUCUUCUAUCAUUUCCUUCUCCUCAUUCUUACAAUCACCCCACACCCUUGCCAAUAAUAAUUACACUACUUUUUUGGGUUUUGGUUUGGUUUUUUCAACAUCCAUGGCCAUGGCUUCUUCUUCUUCCUUUGCUUCCCUUCCUCCUUCUUCCAUGGACGCUGCUCUUUCUAAUCUCCUCCCCGCAACUGUCAAUAACAAUAGUUUCUUAUCGGUUCCUCCCAUUACCUCCCUAAGAUCUUCUCUUCACCUUAAAAAAACCCCUUCUUUUUCUUCCUCUUCUUCUAGGCAUCCUCCUCCUCCUCAACUUGUGGCGUUUGCAGCUCGUAAACCAUCGUCAUCCUCCUCAUCCCAUCACCCGCAGGAAGAUGAAGGAGCUGCUGCCUCUCCUCCUCCGUUGGACAAUCAGAAUAAUAAUGGCUUCCAAUUAGCUUCUCCUGACUCUCUUUCAUUGCCUCAGAUUGAUUCAGUUGAUAAACAAGCUCGAGAAGACCAUAUUGAUCGAAAAUCAGAUGUCAUUACACCUGUUAUGAUUCCGCAUGCCAACAUGGCUGGGGGAGGCACAAGAGCUGGACUUUUUCGUACUCCCAUAUCUGGGGGAGUGCAAAGUGCCACCUCUGCUCACGGCUUACCGAGACCAGCUUUAGCUGUUAGAAAUCUCAUGGAACAGGCUAGGUUUGCUCACUUAUGUACUGUGAUGUCACGGAUGCACCAUAGAAGAGAAGGUUAUCCCUUUGGUUCCCUAGUGGAUUUUGCUCCAGAUUCAAUGGGACAUCCUAUAUUCUCAUUUUCACCAUUGGCCAUACAUACACGGAAUUUGUUGGCUGAUCCAAGGUGCACAUUGGUUGUGCAGAUUCCUGGUUGGAGUGGUCUCUCAAAUGCCAGGGUGACAAUCUUUGGUGAUGUUUACCCUCUCGCAGAAGACCAGCAGGAGUGGGCUCACAAACAGUACAUAGCAAAGCAUCAGCAAGGACCAUCGCAGCAGUGGGGAAACUUCUACUAUUUUAGGAUGCAAACUAUAAGUGACAUAUAUUUCAUUGGUGGAUUUGGUACUGUUGCUUGGGUUGAUGUGAAAGAAUACGAAACUCUUCAGCCAGACAAGAUUGCUGUUGAUGGUGGCGAGCAAAACUUGAAGGAGCUGAAUGUUACGUUUUCAAAGCCCUUGAAAGAGCUGUUGUCACAAGAAAUUGAAGUCGACGAUGCGGCUCUUAUUUCUAUCGAUAGUAAGGGAAUUGAUAUCCGUGUACGCCAGGGUGCACAGGUUCUUUCAUCUCUGGCUUCAGUUUGUGCCUCUUUUGAAUUCUUGAAUUGUCUUGCCUUCUUAAGAGCUAAUGUCGCUUAUCGUAAUGCAGUUCAACAUACAAAGGAUUUCUUUUGAAGGAGGACAGUCAGUUGAAACCCUAGAGGAGGCCAAGGAAGCCCUAUGGAAAUUAAUAAAGAAAGGUUGUGUGUAUAAUUUGCAGAAAUGAAUAGCUGCAUUUUGGGUCAAAGAUAUAGCCCAUACUGUAACAGUUUGUGAGGUUAAGAGAAAAGUGUAGCGACACCCAGUUUUGCAAAAUUUUCAUGUAAAAUAAACUGGUAAACUUUCUUAGCUUUAGUUGUUUCAGUAGGUUUUAGAGCAGAAUUAUUCAGAAACUGCAGAGAAACGCUGGCCUUAAAUUGAAACCAGAAUAGCCUGAAGAGAGCUUGCUUAUUCUUAAAUUUUGUUGGGAGGGAUGGACAGAGAUUAUGGAUUGUUUCUGCGGAAUCCAUGGUGAUGGUGGAUGGUUUGAAUAAUGCUUUGUUGACGGAAAAAUGAAGUUUGAACUGCUGAAGUCAUUAUGAAUAUUGGCCUGUGUUCAUCUAGCUGGGAAAAACCAGAAAUGAUUCGAUAUGGGAUAGUUAUAUUUUGGUUUUUCUUCCCACGAGUCUGGAGAAAAUGUGUUGUUGCUAUUUUACCAUUAUGUUAUUGUUUUUUUUUUUUUUUUUGUGACAGCAAAUGAAGGUUUGGUUUGAGCCUUAAUAUCCUGAUGGUAUUGACCACCAGGAGUCUCAGUAUGGAGUGUGUAUGCCAUGAUGCAUUAUAAUACUCAAAACAAUAUGAUAUGUUAAUGCAAAAAAGAUGUAGAGAGAAAAGUAGCUAUCAAUGGAAGUUGGCAUUUUGUUGAUGAUGAUGAGUUUGAGAUGUGGGCACAAUUAUCUCUGCAAGCUUCGGAAUUUCUAUCGUUGCUGUUAUUAUGAAAGAGAUGCAGCUCAAAUAGGCACCCACAUUUCUCUUUCUCAGUCCUCAACUACACAGUAAACUCUUCAUUUGAGUCGCCUCUACUGUCUCAUUAGAUAGGAACCUUUUUAUAUGUAAAUAUCUUUCCUCAUCUUAGCAUUAUUUUCCAUUCUUCCUCAUAAUCACUCUGCGCGACUGUUUUUACUUAUCUGUCUCUGUCACAAUUUUCUCUGCAUCAUUCAUUUACGUUACUUCCUCUGUCCUAAAAUUAUCAUAAGUACAAUUUGAACUAGAAAUGAAAACCCAAGUUGAAUAAUAAUUAUGGGACGGAGGGAGUAUUGUGAUUUGAUUUUGGUUUUGUCUGUCUUGUUUUCAAU